AGGGCGGCGGCGGCGGUGCGAAUGCCUUCUGGCUAGGCGCGCAGGAACGCGAGAGAAGUCAAGAUGCAGCCCGUGUUCCAGAAUGCCAAGUCCAACCCUUUGCAAAACGCGAAUCUUUGCUCCCGCAUAUUCUUUUGGUGGCUAAAUCCCUUAUUUCGAAUUGGUCAUCAACGGAGAUUAGAAGAAGAUGAUAUGUAUUCAGUGCUUCCUGAAGAUCGUUCAAAAGUGCUUGGAGAACAGUUGCAAGGGUACUGGGAUAAAGAAGUCUUAAAAGCAGAAAAAGAAGACAGAACACCCUCUUUAACCAAAGCAAUUGUAAAGUGUUACUGGAAAUCCUACUUACUGUUGGGAUUGUUUACACUGUUUGAGGAAAGCACCAAAGUGGUGCAGCCAAUAUUUUUGGGGAAAAUUAUUGAAUAUUUUGAAGAUUAUGAUCCCAGUGACACUGUGGCUUUGAAUUGGGCCUAUGGCUAUGCUGCUGCACUGUCUUUCUGUACACUCUUUUUGGCCAUACUUCACCACCUAUAUUUUUAUCAUGUACAGUGUGCAGGAAUGAAACUUCGAGUAGCCAUGUGCCAUAUGAUUUAUCGGAAGGCCCUUCGUCUUAGUAAUACAGCCAUGGUAAAGACAACUACAGGUCAGAUCGUGAAUCUUCUCUCGAAUGAUGUGAACAAGUUUGAUCAGGUGACAAUCUUCUUGCACUUUUUAUGGGCUGGUCCAAUUCAGGCCAUUGCUGUAACUGCCCUUCUAUGGUUAGAAAUUGGAGUGUCAUGCCUUGCAGGAAUGGUAGUCCUGCUAAUCCUCCUGCCUUUACAAAGCUGCUUUGGGAGGCUCUUUUCCUCCUUAAGGAGCCAGACUGCUGCUUUCACAGAUGUCAGAAUUAGAACCAUGAAUGAAGUUAUAAUGGGCAUAAGAAUAAUAAAAAUGUAUGCCUGGGAAAAGCCUUUUGCAGAUCUCAUUGCACAGCUCAGAAAGAAUGAAAUUAACAAGAUUCUUAAAAGCUCCUACCUUAGAGGGAUAAAUCUGGCCUCCUUCUUUGUUGCAAGCAAAAUAAUCGUAUUUGUGACUUUUACCACCUAUGUACUCCUUGGAAAUGCUAUCACAGCCAGUCGGGUGUUUGUUGCUGUGACGUUGUAUGGUGCAGUGAGACUGACUGUUACACUGUUCUUUCCCGCGGCCGUAGAGAAAAUGUCCGAAACUCGUGUCAGCAUAAAGAGAAUCAAGCAAUUCUUAUUACUUGAUGAAAUACCCCACACUGGUAUACAAGCACAACUUGAUGAAAAAGCUCUGGUUCAUGUUCAAGAUUUUACCAGUUAUUGGGAUAAGACACUGGAAGUCCCAACUCUCCAAAACCUUUCCUUUACUGUCCGGCCAAGGGAAUUGUUGGCUGUGGUUGGACCUGUGGGAUCUGGCAAGUCUUCUCUUUUAUGUGCUGUGCUUGGUGAACUGCCACGGCUUGAGGGAUUGGUCACCGUAAAAGGAAGAAUUGCCUAUGUUUCUCAGCAACCCUGGGUAUUUUCAGGAACUGUUCGAAGUAAUAUUUUAUUUGGGAAAUCCUAUGAAAAAGAAAGAUAUAACAAAGUGAUAAAGGCAUGUGCCUUGAAAAAGGAUUUAAAGCUUUUGGAAGAUGGUGACCUAACUCUGAUAGGUGACCGGGGCACUACACUAAGUGGAGGACAGAAAGCUCGAAUAAAUCUAGCAAGAGCAGUGUAUCAAGAUGCAGAUAUUUAUCUCCUUGAUGAUCCUCUCAGUGCAGUAGAUGGAGAAGUUGGAAGGCAUUUAUUUGAACACUGUAUUUGCCAAACUUUGCAUAAGAAGGUCACGAUUUUGGUCACUCAUCAGCUACAGUAUCUCCAGGCUGCAUCCCAGAUUCUGAUAUUAAAAGAAGGAAAAGUGGUGGAAAAGGGUACUUACACCGAGUUCCAAAAAUCUGGGGUAGAUUUUGGUUCCUUUUUAAAGAAAGAAGACGAAGAAACCGAGCAAUUUCAAGUACCAGAAGUUCCCCUGCUGAGGAAUCGUUCCUUCUCAGAGUCUUCUAUGUGGUCCCAGCAUUCCUCUCUGCAUUCAUUCAGAGAAGGACUUGCUGAACAAGGGAUGGAGGACAUACAUAUUGCUAUAGAUGAAGAGAGCCGUUCUGAAGGAUUUAUAGGUUUAAAGUCCUACCAGAAGUAUUUUUCAGCUGGAGCGAACUGUUUCAUCAUUGUUUUGCUUAUACUUCUAAACAUUUUGGCACAGGUUUCCUAUGUCCUCCAGGAUUGGUGGCUUUCUUACUGGGCAAACGAACAGAGCUUGUUGAAUGUCACUGUAGACGAAAUCAAAGGAAAUGAAACCAGGAAGCUAGAUCUUAACUGGUAUUUAGGAAAUUAUGCAGGUUUAACAGCAGUCACAGUUCUCUUUGGAAUAAUGAGAUCUAUCUUGGUAUUCUAUGUUCUCGUGAACGCUUCACAAAAUUUGCACAACAGAAUGUUUGAGUCCAUUUUGAGAGCACCAGUUUUGUUCU